AUGGCAAACAAAGCCAGCUCCACAGCAGAAGUAUCCAUAAUAACGGUUCUUGAAGCAUGUUUCAACCAGUUAAAAUACAGAGUGUUGGCCAUCAUAGCUGAGAAAAUGCCACAGCUUAACAAGCUUUUAGUGUUAAAAAUUAGUGUCAGCUACCUAAGAAAAAGUCCCAAGUUUAUCUAUGUACGCUUCAACUUCGCUACAAGCAGUGCAUUCCAAUUCUACUCCUUCCAAAUGCUUCACCAUGAACAAAAAGCUCUCACCCGCCACACCUUUCUGACUUACCUUCUCAUUCUGGUUUCCUUUGACAAACCAGAACCUCAAAGCUUAACUAGUCACGAUACCUAG